AUGGUCCUCGCCCGUGAAAACAUUGAGUUCGGAACUUGCGACGGCACUGUCCUCCGGGGCUGGUUCUAUCCUCAAGCUGAAAAGUCGGCCUGCGUGAUUAUGACACACGGGCUGGGUGGUGUCCGUCACUAUUGGCUCCCUGAUUUUGCGGAUCGCUUUCAGCAAGCUGGGUAUAAUGUACUCCUCUAUGAUAAUCGGAACUGGGGUGACAGCGAUGGACUGCCGCGACAAGAAUCAAACCCAACCCAUCAACAAGCCGACUACUACGAUGCAUUCAAUUUCGCAUCAACUUUCCCCAGUGUGGAUUAUUCUCGCAUAGUGUAUUGGGGUACGAGUUUUUCGGGUGGAAAUGUAUUAUACGCGGCCGCUGUGGACAAACGUAUCAAAGCCGCCAUAGUGCAGUGCCCUGCGGUUUCAGGAGAGACACGGUCCUUGGCCUUCAAAGACCGCAUCCCAGCUAUCCUGAAAGAACGCACUCAUAUCUCUGCAGGAUCAGAGCCAGAAAGGGUUCCGCUUAUUGCGGAAAACCUUGAAGCGGCUCAAGCAGGGACCACAAAUGCCAUGUUUCCGGGUGUCCAUGCUUACGAGCAGGUGCGAGGUUCGUACGACUGCGGUGGACGCUGGGAAAAUUCUCUUACGGUCCAGACGCAACUCAAUAUGCUUGCGUUCGAAGGGCAGGCUAUGGUGCAUCGUAUCUCGCCAACUCCGCUCCUGAUGGUUGUUCCGGGAAAUGAUAUACUGGUCACUACGGCAUCUCAACUGGCCACUUACGAAAAAGCUAGAGAGCCAAAGCAGCUUCUCCAUAUUGAGGAUGCAGGGCAUUUUGACAUUUACGCCGGUGAUUGGUUUGAAAAGAAUAUCAAAGGACAACUAGAAUUCUUAGAGAGAUGGGUUAGUCCUUGA